AUGCACAGAUAUUCAUUUUAUAAUCGAAAUGACUCUCUGCGAAGAACCAUUCCAGUCUCGCCGUAUCUGAAAUUGUUUAAUUCGGCUUUGGGCAAACUACCAACUGUUCGCGGAGGUGUUUGGUGCGGUAUUUCGAAUGAUACUGGAAAGAAUUGGUCUCGAAAUCAAAAGAUAACAUGGUCGAGUAUCAGUUCGUGUUCUUCGUCGAUUAAUGUUAUCAGAGAUUUUCUUCAAAAUGCAACAAAAUCAACAACAUUUUUAAUCGAAACAUCACGUGGAAAGAGAAUUUGUGGUUAUACUGAUCAUGAACAUGAGAAUGAUGUGAUUUUAAAGAUGGAGACAAGCUUUCGUGUUCAAGGUGAUGUUUUAGAACAUCCAAAACGUUCCUAUCAUCUUCAUUUAGUUGAAACCGAUGAUUUACAAAUCAGAAUAGAUCUCAAAGAUAGAAAAGAAAUCCAAUUCAAACGGUGGACGGAUUCUGUACAAACUGUAGCAGGAAGGUAUGGGUCUGGAAAAGGCAACAGAAUAUAUAAAUUGAAUCAUUUAACGGACAUCAUCGUCGAUGAACAAAAUAGUGCAUUGAUCAUUGCUUUAUCAAUGGAACGAGCGAGCGAUUAUUACAAUCAUCGUGUGAUGAAAUGGAGGAGAGAUGCGAAUGAGGGACUGGUUGUUGCAGGUGGGAAUGGAAGGGGAAAGUAUCUGAAUCAAUUGGAUGGCCCUGAAGGAUUAUCUGUUGAUGAUUUUGGUCACACUUACAUUGCAGAUGAUUAUAACGAUCGAAUAGUGUGUAGGAGCGAAGAAGAAGAAGUAGGUGCAAUAAUUUUUGGUAGUAAUGGAUGCGGAGAAAAGCCAUUUCAAUCAAACCUUCCCAGUAGUUUGUCAUUUGAUGUUCAAGGAAAUCUUUAUGUUAUGCUGAUCAGAAAAAUCAUCCAAUUCAACGAUUUGAUUUACUUCGUUGAGCACUAUCCAUAUAAUAAACAGUAG